UCAAUAUUUGAGAGAGACCAACUACAACAAGUGACGAGCAGCCUGCAAUUGCAAAGAUGUUCGUGCCUCCAAGUAGUGGUCCUUCUGCAAUUCACCUGCAUCGCAGUGCCGGACCUGCAGGCGCUCAAAAAUUCGUUCCUCGCGUUGCGCCAACUGCGAUCUUGUCACUCUUUGCUUCUUCCGUCACACCAAGUACAUCGUCUACCUCAUCAAAGUGCUUGACGAAGAACAGAACCUAUUCAUCUCGAGGUUGUCGCACUACUUCUGGAGCGUGCUGCAGAACCAUAACCUAUUCAUCUCGAGGUUGUCGCACUACUUCUGGAGCGUGCUGCAGAACCAUUACCGCGCAACGUCGUAGCUUCGCGAAUACAGCGGAUAACGAGAAGCUGGUUCUAGGCUUGGCAAUAUCUCACGGAACGACGGGCUUUGCGCUCGUUCGCUUUGGAAAUGGCGCCCCAAAACGAUUCGGACUCAUAAAUCAUUCGACGAGUGCUAAUCAUGGGUCUGGUGGAGGUGGUGGUGCUGGUGGUGGGAGUAAAAGAAGUAACUCUGGUGCGUCUGCUUCUCCGAAGAAUCCGAAGAUAUUGACCAAGAAUGGAAUUAUAUCAACAUCAACUUCAAUACCUUCGAGUACGAACCACAACAUCAAGAACUCGUGCGCCUACGACGAAGUGCGCGAUAGCGUAUGUGCAGCACUACGUCGUUUGAGGGAGGCGAGGUACGAUUUCCGAUGUAUAGGGGUUGAAGAUACGGUGAAGGACCGGUCUUUGGCAGCUGCAAAAAGAGAUUUGGAUCGGUACGUGGAGACAAGUAAGAUCCAAGGCGUCAUUCUGACAGAAGUACGAAGAUUGUGGCCUGACGUGCCGCUGCUCCAGAUCCAUCCUCAACGAGCAAGAGACCAGCUGAUGUUCUCUUCAGGAGGUGCCGGUAGUGCUCGAGGAUGCACCAUCAGGCAAGGCAGCAAGACUAACGCUUUCGCUUCGACGAAGUCUGGUACAGGUACUUCUAGAGAACAAGGGAAAAAGAACGACGGCAUUAUAAGAGGACACGACGAUGAAGACGAAGAUGCGGAAUCCUCUGUUCUGAGGAAACAUCAGAACAACAAGAACAGUUCGUCAUACUGUCGGGACGUCGCUCGUGAUAAGCUCUUUUCUUUCGCGACAGAUAAAGUUUCGAAUUUUCCUGCGGUGAAAACCGCAAGCGGAAAAAUUUGUACGAGUUCGCAUUUUAUGUCAGAUGCGUGGGCAACAGGUAUAACAGAAUUGCUUCACACACUGAUGUUUUACGUUUGUAUUCGUGAGCUCGAAGAAAGAGAAUCGAAUUUGUAGCAGGCAUGCAAAAUAUUUGACCUUUAGCUAAGUAGGUAUUCACAUUCACCCGUAUUUUCAUUAGCUUUAUUUCUCACCCCCGACCAGCUUUCUCUGUCAUUAACAUCAGCUCUUUACGCUCGGUUAGAAACCAGCGUCCUAGAAAAGCUAGAUGAUGAGGAGCUUUGUCGCAAGCUAAGGGCCCAAGUUUUGGCGCGAAGAAGUGUGAAACUUCUAGAGGAGCAGAUUCGAAAGUUGCAUCCGAGAAGAGCCGCUAUCGAUCUAGAGUUAUGGUCUUCAGUUUGUAUCCAUUUCCAUAAUUCUAAGCAUCUUGGGUCUCCUACUUUCCCUUUCACAGAAAGAUACAAGAACAUCAAGGGAAAGUAGGAGACCUCCGGGAUUCACAAGUUAGCCUUAUAGCUCUAAUAGGGGAAGUGCUGGAGAGCCAAGUACGGCAGCACAUCAAAACAAGGCUCUAUCAGAUGGUACAUGAACCUGUAUUUCGAUCGUCGGGAGGACCAGGGACCACUUCUUCGGAGGCACAGGAAAUCUGACUUUCUCAUAGGGGAACUUGUUUUUGAAAAUGAAUGAACUUAUGAAUCAUGAUGGCCUCGUCGUCCGCCAACGAACAGGAAUAUAAGAACAACCACAUCUAAUGAAUUUUGCAUAUUAAUGUGAUGUAGUAAGCAUUCCAGAUCCGCUUGUGUUUGAUAGGAAGAAAAACGGGUAAAUGCUGCGCGCAACCUUGUAUUACAUUGAAAAAAGUUUGAGGUUGACUUUCGAUGUGAAUUCCUCUGACGGUCUUUGGUUCUUGUUGGGUUCUUCUUAGCACAAAGACGGAUUUCUGUUUGAGAUGAACAGGCUUGGGGACUAGCUAGUGCUGGAACAACAGGUGGGGUUGAAUCACAAAGAAGUUUCCAGAACUGUGUGACGAGUGAGUAUUUGCAGUACAGUAUAUGAUUAUCUUGAGUAUUUCCAACGGCACAGCACAAAAUGCUUCACAAUCAAAACUACACGACUGUUUUGCUUCUGUUCUGUGACUUGUAGGUGUUAGGGUCGUGAGAGGACAACUAGAUUCGUAUUGAUUGUCUUGUCAAAUAAGUCUUGAAGUGGAUGGUGAAAACUAUGUACUUCUUAGUUAUGAAAAAAACAUUCUUCUGCCGAGGCAUGGGUAAUCUUCAUGCUUCUAAUCGCCAUCUAGUCUUCAUGCUAAUCGCCGUCUAGUCUUCAUGCGAAUCGCCGUCUAGUCCUUUCAUCAUCAUCAAUAUUCCUCUGCCGAGAUUCAGAAAUCGAAGAAAUAGUAUCUCGUAUAAGCUAUAUCGAAUUGUGAGUUUCGAGAAGUUCUGCAUUCCUUGCCCGAGAGUCUGGCUUUUUUUUGAGCAUGAAGACGGACGAAAGACGGACUCACGACGAUGAUUUUUUUAUGCUUGACACGAUGAGAGAGGCAAAGAAGCUAGACAAAGAACGCAGACGAAGAGGCGAGUCAAUACAUUUGAUUACCGUCAUUUUGUUAACUUUCUCUUUGUUUUCGAUCCGUCGGCACUUCGUCAGCGGCUGGCCUCUUUUCUGCUUUUUUGGGCGUUACAUCUAAGGCGUAGAGUGACGCAAGACGUUUACUCUGCUGAUGGUCUAGCAUGCGCAUGCUCUUGCUUACGGCGUUAAGUUCUGCCUUUUUUUUCAUAAGAAACAGAAAAAAAAUUUCUGCUAUCUUAUCA